AUGAGGAUCCUGCGGGGCACUUGCAAGCAUUCAUUAGACACUAUCAGUAGGCACUUCUCCUCCGUGUUAACAACCAUACUUUCCCUAAGUGGGGAGUUUAUCAAGCUUCCCAAUCCAUCUAUCGAGCCUCCAGAUGAUUACAAAUGGAAGUGGUUUGGCAAUGCAUUGGGAGCACUAGAUGGGUGUCAUGUUGAUGUUUCUGUUGUUCCAUCUUACCAAGGAAGGUAUAGGAACAGAAAGCAAGCGAUCACCACUAACAUGCUAGGUGUGGUUGACCGGAACAUGAAAUUUCUUUAUGUUCUACCUGGCUGGGAGGGAUCUUCAUCUAACUCGAGAGUGCUGCGUGAUGCAAUGAGAAAUAAUCGUCAAGAUGCAUUUGUUGUACCUCAGGGAAAGUAUUACUUAGUGGAUGCUGGCUACACCAAUGGGCCGGGCUUUCUUGCUCCAUUCCAGUCGACUCGGUGCCACUUGAAAGAGUGGGUUGCAAGUCAACAACAGCCCCAAACUUCUAAAGAGCUCUAUAACUUGCGUCAUUCUCGUGCUAGAAAUGUUGUGGAGAGAACUUUUGGAUUGUGGAAGAAAAAAUGGGCUAUACUAAGAGUUCAAUCUUUCUUUGAUAUAAAGGACCAGAUUCGAAUUAUUAAUGCUUGUUGCGUGUUACACAACUUUGCAAGGGAUAGGCAACAUGUGAUGGAUGAUCUAUUGCUUCUAGAAGUUGACCAUGAAGUAGAUGAUUUGGAACUUGAGCCGGGGGAUGACGCUAACUUAAAUACAUCUGUUGAAGUCACAAAUGAAUGGACCAACUUUAGGCAAAACUUUGCAGAUGACAUGUAUGCCAAGUACCUUGUGAGGCAUGCAAAACUAGAGAUGUAG